AUGUUUGAUGAAACUAAUCGACUAAAAUCGUUUGACAAUUGGCCUCAUGACUUUAUUUCAAUUGAAUCUCUUGCAAAUGCCGGAUUUUUCUAUCUUGAAGGAGAUCUCGUGCAAUGUGCAUUUUGUCUUGGAAUUGGCAACAAAGUAACGAACCUUAUGCUGAACAUUCAAAACAUUUCCCACUGUCCAUUUAUAAUGGAUGAAGGUGCGCUUAAUCAACCAAUAUCAGAAGUCCAUCGUGGACAAGAUGUGUGUGGAAAUAUGAUUGUACCACAUGCUAGCUUUUAUAAAGAAUUGGAUAAUCGCAUCAAUUCAUAUGCGACAAAUGUAUUUACUUGCGAAAUUUCAACCAAAACACUGGCAGAAGCUGGUUUUUAUUCACUCGGACACGCUGAUUACGUAUAUUAUACAAUUGGAUUGAAGGAGAUGAACCUUGGGAAGAACAUACUAAACAUAUGCCUUAUUGUCCACAUGUUCAACGAAAUAAAACAAAAAAUUAUAUCCGCGACGUUCAUCUCCGUCUACAAGAAACUGAACAGGAAGAUUAUCAAGGGUACGAUGUGUGGCCUGAGGAUCCUGAUUGGGAUGAGCCAUAUCAUUCAUCAUGGCCAUAUGUAUUAA